UGCUGCUGGGCGUCGGCGGGGCCCGCGCCUGGGUGUGCUGCCGCGGGAGGAACCCAGGUCCCCGGCCGAGGCUGCCCCGGGAAUGCUUUUAGUCGGCACAAACAUGGCUGCGGCCCUGCGAUCUGCGGGCGUCCUGCUCCGCGAUCGGCUGAUGUAUGGCGGCUCAAGGGCCUGUCAGCCAUGGAGGUGCCAGUCGGGUGCAGCCACAGCAGCAGCCACGGUGGAAACCACCCAACGUGCCAGAAGCCCCAAACCUCAAGUUCAGCCGGGAAACAGGAAGCCAAAAACUGGAAUAUUAAUGCUGAACAUGGGAGGCCCUGAAACCAUUGGAGAAGUUCAGGACUUCCUUCUGAGGCUUUUCUUGGAUCGAGACCUCAUGACACUUCCUGUUCAAAAUAAGCUGGGACCAUUCAUCGCCAAACGCCGAACCCCCAAAAUUCAGGAGCAGUACCGCAAGAUUGGAGGUGGGUCCCCCAUCAAGAUGUGGACAUCCAAGCAAGGGGAGGGCAUGGUGAAGCUGCUGGAUGAGCUGUCCCCGCACACAGCCCCUCACAAAUACUAUAUUGGAUUCCGGUACGUCCACCCGUUAACAGAAGAAGCAAUUGAAGAGAUGGAGAGAGAUGGCCUGGAACGGGCGAUUGCUUUCACACAGUAUCCGCAGUACAGCUGCUCUACCACAGGCAGCAGCUUAAAUGCCAUUUACAGAUACUAUAAUGAAGUGGGCAAGAAGCCCACGAUGAAGUGGAGCACGAUUGACAGGUGGCCCACACACCCCCUCCUUAUUCAGUGCUUUGCCGACCACAUUCUGAAAGAACUGGACCACUUUCCACUUGAGAAAAGACGCGAGGUGGUCAUUCUUUUUUCUGCUCACUCACUGCCAAUGUCUGUGGUCAACAGAGGGGACCCCUAUCCUCAGGAGGUGGGCGCCACUGUCCAGAGAGUCAUGGAUAAGCUGGGUUACUCCAACCCUUACAGACUGGUCUGGCAGUCCAAGGUUGGCCCGAUGCCCUGGCUGGGCCCACUGACAGACGAGGCCAUCAAAGGGCUUUGUGAGAGGGGGAGGAAGAAUAUCCUUUUGGUUCCGAUAGCAUUUACCAGCGAUCACAUUGAAACACUGUAUGAACUGGACAUCGAGUACUCUCAGGUUCUAGCCAAUGAGUGUGGAGUUGAAAACAUCAGAAGAGCAGAAUCUCUUAAUGGAAAUCCACUGUUCUCGAAGGCCCUGGCCGACUUGGUGCACUCGCACAUCCAGUCCAACGAGCGCUGCUCCACGCAGCUGACCCUGAGCUGUCCGCUCUGCGUGAAUCCCAUCUGCAGGGAGACCAAAUCCUUCUUCACCAGCCAGCAGCCGUGACCCUGCCAGAGCGCUGCUGGGAUUCGGCAGAUGCCCGGCCUCCAGACACCUCUGAGGUGGAGGAGGCUGUAUUUAGCAACUAGGGAGGAAGUUACAUUGGUGUGGGCCUUUGGCCACAAAUUGUAUGCUUUCUUGAGGAAUGGACCCUGAAAUCCUUAAUGCGGGCUAUUUUUAUAGACCAAUACAGUAAGCAUUUAUAGUCCCCUUCUUUGGGUUAAGUUACUAGUUUGGAAUUGCCACUAGGCUAUUUUAAAAAGGAGUUUUAAAAAUGUAUCUUGUGAAAUGCACACAUUUUUUUAAAAUACCAAGUUUGGUUUUAUUGUCCCAAAAAACCCUGCAAGGGUACAGAGAGUCCCCUCUGUGGGCUUUCAGGGUGAGUGAGAUCUGUUUAAAAUCUCAUACUUGUUGGGCUUCCUAGGUGGCGCAGUGGUUGAGAAUCCACCUGCUAAUGCAGGGGACACGGGUUUGAUCCCUGCUUCAGGAAGAUCCCACAUGCCGUGGGGCAACUAAACCCGUGCGCCACAGCUAUUGAGCCUGCGCUCUAGAGCCCGUGAGCCACAAUUAUUGAGCCCAUGUGCUGCAGCUGCUGAAGCCCACACGCCUAGAGCUUGUGCUCUGGAACAAGAGAAGCCACGGCAAUGAGCAGCCCGCGCACCACAAUGAAGAGUAGCCCCCGCUCACUGCAACUAGAAAGAAAGCCUGGGCACAGCAAAAAAGACCCAACACAGCCAAUAAAAUAAAUUAAUUAAUUAAUUUUAAAAAAACCACCCAUACUUGUUUUUUGAAGUGAACAUAGCUGAGUAAAUGAAAUAUCAUUUGGAAACAGGGUACCUAAUCUUUCCCUCAGCCUGUGGGUUACAGACUGCUGGUCCAGUGAUGUGGUUCCUACAGUGGCUGCUCUUGCCAGUGAUAUCGCUAUUAAUGGGUCAUUUUGGUCCUGUGUGUGAACCUCACUCUCCUCACCUUCAAACCAAAUCAAGUGUAGGUUCCAAAAGUGCUUUGAGAUUCCCCGGGGAACACAGGGCUGAUAAAUGUGUAGCAAUCCUGCAUUUGUCAUCCCCGCCUUGGUGGGAAUCAAUGGUGCCUCAGGGGAGGGGGCUCCGGCUGCUUCUUGUCUCCCAGGCAACAAAGCCGGAAGCCAGAAAUGCUAAUGAAGGGCUUCGUGUUCAAAGCCCCGCCCCCGACCUUUCCAAUGAGCAUCUUCUUCAUCUUGGUUGAAGACACCUUUCCGAAUAUUUGUUUGAAGAUUUAUUUUGUAAAGUCAACUACGUUUUGUAACCUCAAAUUCUUUCUUAGUUUACAAUUUUUAUUAUAAAAAUUAUAUAACCAUGCUAUAGGAAAUUUAGAAAAUAGAGAAAAGGAAAAUAGCCACUUUAAUACAACUAUUAAUUAUUGUAUUUCAUGUUAGUCUUUUCCUGUGGAUAUUUUUGAUGCCAUUGUAACCUUGACUUUGUGAGUGAAAAGGUGUUCUAAAACGUAGAAAUAAUGUAGGAUCAGAAUUGGAUCUUCUGUGUACCUGGUUGUAAAUGAAUUUUAAAAAUCUGAUGGAUCCAUAGUGAAUUGGUAAUAAUUACUUUCUCCUUCCUUUAAGCCUUACAACUUUGUUUUUCAAAAGAGCGUUUCUUUGAUUUUUUUUUUAAAGCCAGAGAAAGUAUUAGUGGAGUCACAGAUCUUCUGUAUUCAGGAUUUACUAUAUUAAUAAAU